CAUGUGGUUACCCAUUGUUUGAUCCCUGAACAGAAGCUGACGACUCACGGUUGAAGAAGAAGAAGACGGCGACCGGUUGUUGAAGAUCGGAGUUCUUUCUUGGUGAUCGGAAUCCAUGGGAUCUCACGCCGACGAGGAGGCCAGGCUUCUUUUAGAAGAUGGCCUCUAUGAGAAUGGAAGCAAAGGUUACACAGGAGAUGGAUCUGUUGACAUACAUGGAAAUCCUGUCUUGAAGCACCGGACUGGCAAUUGGAGAGCAUGCCCUUUCAUCCUAGGGAAUGAAUGCUGUGAAAGAUUGGCCUACUAUGGUAUUUCAACCAACCUUGUAACUUACCUCACAAAGAAACUUCAUCAAGGAAAUGUUACUGCUGCAAGAAAUGUCACAACUUGGCAGGGAACUUGUUACCUUACUCCCCUUAUUGGAGCUGUAUUGGCCGAUGCCUACUGGGGAAAAUACUGGACAAUUGCAGUGUUUUCAACAAUAUAUUUUGUUGGAAUGGGCACACUAACCCUUUCAGCCUCAGUUCCUGCUUUUAAGCCUUCAGGUUGUGUGGCAUCUGUUUGCCCAGAAGCAACUGCCGUGCAAUACACUAUAUUCUUUCUUGGCCUGUAUCUGAUUGCUCUUGGUACUGGUGGCAUUAAACCUUGUGUCUCAUCCUUUGGAGCUGAUCAAUUUGAUGACACUGAUGCUAAUGAGAGAAUAAAGAAGGGUUCUUUCUUCAAUUGGUUCUAUUUCUCUAUCAACAUUGGUGCACUCAUAUCUAGUAGUUUGCUUGUGUGGGUGCAAGACAACUGUGGCUGGGGCUUAGGCUUUGGAAUUCCUACCUUAUUUAUGGGCCUAGCUAUUGGAAGUUUUUUCUGUGGGACUCCGCUUUAUAGAUUUCAAAAACCUGGAGGAAGCCCUCUUACAAGAAUGUGCCAGGUAGUUGUUGCAUCUGUUCGCAAGUGGAGUGUGCCAGUUCCUCUUGACACUUCUCUUCUUUAUGAAUUAGAAACCUCCGCAAUUGAAGGAAGUCGAAAAAUUGAGCACAGUGAUGAACUCAAGUUCCUUGACAAGGCUGCUACUUUGUCGGAUUCUGAUGUGAAGACACAGAGCUUUACCAAUCCAUGGAGGUUGUGCACUGUCACCCAGGUGGAGGAACUAAAGAUACUGGUCCGAAUGUUCCCCAUUUGGGCUAGUGGGAUUCUUUUUUCCGCCGUCUACGCACAAAUUUCUACCAUGUUUGUUGAACAGGGGAUGGUUAUGGACACAUCAAUCGGAUCUUUUACUAUUCCUCCUGCAUCUCUAUCAACUUUUGAUGUGGUCAGCGUCAUCGUUUGGGUUCCAAUCUAUGACAGAAUUAUCGUACCCAUAGCAAGGAAGUUCACUGGGAAAGAGAGAGGGUUUUCAGAGCUACAAAGGAUGGGUAUCGGUCUAUUCAUUUCCAUACUAUCCAUGAUAGCGGCUGCUCUCAUUGAGAUCUGGCGUUUACAGAUUGCAAGAGCUGAAGGAUUAGUAGACAAAAAGGUUGCAGUUCCAAUUAGUAUAUUCUGGCAGAUACCGCAGUAUUUUUUGGUUGGUGCAGCAGAGAUAUUCACAUUUAUCGGUCAGCUUGAGUUUUUCUAUGACCAAUCUCCGGAUGCAAUGAGAAGUCUUUGCAGUGCACUCUCGCUACUGACAAAUGCUCUCGGAAACUACUUGAGCGCCUUCAUUUUGACUGUGGUGACUGCGAUAACGACCAAAGGAGGGAGUAUUGGAUGGAUUCCUGAUAACUUAAAUGAAGGUCAUCUUGAUUACUUUUUCUGGCUUUUAGGUGGACUUAGUUUUCUCAAUCUUCUUGUUUAUGUUUACUGUGCCAAUAAGUAUAAAUGCAAGAAGGCUGCUUAAAAAGUUCAGGAUACCCAUUGAAAGUCAUUUCAUCGUAGGCAAGCACUCUUUGUAAAUACUGAUGUUGUUGCAUUGAUAUUUGUUAGACUUAUUUCAUAAUGCAAUUUGUCUUUUCAGAAUUUGUAAAUCCAGUGACAAUCUAAAUUAUAUGAUAUUAUAUUGUUCUUUGAA